CAUCUUUACCUCCACUGACAUCGAGGAGUUCCUGCGGGAGGCUGCAUGUAUGAAGGAGUUUGACCACCCACAUGUCACUAAGCUGAUUGGAGUCAGUCUACGGAGCCGUCCCAAAGGUCGUCUCCCAAUUCCCAUGGUGAUCCUGCCCUUCAUGAAGCAUGGAGACCUUCAUGCUUUUCUGCUGAUGUCAAGGAUCGGGGAGAAUCCUUUUAACUUGCCUGUUCAGACACUCCUCAAGUUCAUGAUUGACAUUGCCAGUGGGAUGGAGUACUUGAGCUCAAAAAAUUUCAUACACAGAGACCUUGCAGCUCGGAACUGCAUGUAAGUGAACCAUGAACCAUGAAUUUUUA